AUGAAGGCACAAGGGGACCCUAACUAUGACGUGUUCUUGAAGUGUGUACUUAAAGGCUUAGUGCGAUAUCAGAGACUAAUGGAAAACAUGGGCAAGAGAUUUGCCAAGUGGAAGAGAAUGGUGAGACAGCAAAAGGGGAAGCUCUAUAUUAUGAGGGUUUGCAUCUCUAUGCUUCUUGGUUGGCACAAAUACUCCAAGGCAACGUACAUGGGUUCUAAUUAAGGAGCAUUUAGCUUUGGUUUAGUUUAGUUUAGUUUUUCUAGUAUGUGAUUGAG